AUGAGGGGCAGCAGGGGCUCGUGUUCUCUCUCUCAGGGGUCUGACUGUAGUGAUUUGUUCUGUCAUACCUGUAAUCAGUACUUCAGCUCUCUGCACAACAAGAAAGAACACCUUCUGGGCAAACAACAUCUGCAGGCCCUCACAGAGGAGUUUGAGAAGGACACAGGCAGCCAACAGCAGGCUCCAGAGAUGGAGAGAGGUCCUGUGGAGGAGGAAGAGGAGGAGGAGGAUGAUGAAGAGGAGGCAGAGUUGGCUCGUACGUGGGGUCUGUCCUCGCUGGACCUCAGUGUGCUGCAGGAGCUGCUGCUCAGACACAUGAAGCGUAAGAGCUACUGACCAGCACUGACCACAUUUACAACUUUGACACAAACAGUGUGCUGGCCUGUCAGCUCCACACCCUCACUCUGCAACCACUGCUGUUCCACACAGACAGAGGUGACAGAGAGAAAGAGAGGGACAUGACAGAUGGAGGGAAAUAAAAAGAGAGAGACCAAAAGAGUGGGAGAGAGCGAGACAGGAAAGAGGGCAGCAGUUCUAUAAAUGAAACCUGAUUAGUAGAUUACUGCAUCCAGUUGGAGGGGAUGUGGGUGUUUACAGCUCGGGCACUUUCCAUUCACACUCUGUGACACAAACACACUUUCUGUGUAGUACCUUUGCUCUUGUGUUUCUGAAUGCACACACACGCCCACACAUGUUUGGUAUUACUGUGCUUUGUGGGGACCUACACAUUUUUUUCCCAUUCAAAAUCUGAUUUUCCUUAACCCUCAAACCUAACAUUAACCCUAACCUUAACCCUAACCCUAAUUCUAACCCUUACCCUAAAAUAGCCUUUGUCCUCUUGGGGACUUGGGAAAUGUCCCCACGUGGGAGAAUGUUCCUUGUUUAACUAUCCUUGUGGGGAUUUCCGGUACCCACGAGGAUAGUAAUAUAAGUACACACACACACACACACACACACACACACAAACACAUGUUCCCAUGGAUUGGGUAAUAAACUCAAGCCGGAGGUUUGGAAUAAUUUGCUUGUUAUGAGGCCAAUCCCUUUCAUUGUGCUAAUCUCUAUCAGGGUGUUAGGUCUUCGCCCAGCCAGGACAGGGAGGGUUACAGAUGGAGAACAGCGGGACUGGAGCUAGCAUCAGUUACUUAGUGGUUCAUGGUCGAGAUCACAGUAGUGUUUUGUUCCAGACAAUAGACUUUCUGACCCUCCUAUCAGCUCUAUCAUCCUUUCCUUGUCCCCGUCAGGUGGUGACUGGUUUAAAACGAUAGUACAGGGUCCAGCCUCAUGUUAGGUAUUCACUGUAUUGAUGUCAGCAAUUAUACAGUUAAUUCAAAUCAGGGAUCAGGAAGGAAUGGCGAUUAAGAAAAAGAGAGAUGCCGACUAUGGUAACAGAAAUACGAUUUGUAUUCAAUAGAAAGAGUUACAGUAUUUACAGAACUGACGCAGCCCUGUCUCUAGGUAACAGGCUUCUGCAGAAACAGGCUCUGCCCAUCGCUGCCCUGACGAAUUGAUGAGCAGAGCCGCACAGGAAGAAGGGAACCUCAGGUAACCAUAGCAACCAGCCAGGGGUCGUGUGAGAACGGACAGUGACUGAGUAGAUUAACAUCUGUAUGUGUCAGCAACAUAAUGAAUGUGGCCCUAGUAUCCACUACUUUGUAGGGAAGGGAGCAGUUUUUUAGAAUGGAACCAAGCCUGAGUACCACAGCGUCAUAUUGACAGGAGUGGUAACUUGUGACUGGGAUGCUGCUGUGAUAAUGAGGAUAGAUAGAAUUUACAUGGUGUUUUUCCAAGAGCUUUACAAUGUAACAGGAAGCCCAGCUCAGCCAGUGUGCUCAUGUGUGAUGUAGCUCCCUGCUAGAUUGCAGUUUGGAGUGUGACUGUUUGAGGUUGUGGACAGGUGUCUUUUAUACUGAUAACAAGUUCAAACAGGUGCCAUUAAUACAGGCAACGA